UUUUAAAGCUAAAAUAUGGAACGGAGACCAGCCAAGAUGACUUAUAUAAGUAUGAAGCAGCCAGAUACAGUGCCAAUAGAUGAUUUGGGUGAGUCGAAAGUGAGGGAUAGUGUAUUGGAUAGGAGAAGAGUGUGAAGAAUUGAAGAAAUGGUGAUGAGACAAGGGAAUGUGCUGAAGAAGUAUGAGGAGAGAGGGAAAAGGGGAUUUUGAGCAAGGAUAAGGCAGAUUAAGGAAGUUUUGAAAGGAGUGAGGGAGAGGGCAAAAAGGGUGUAUUUUGAGUGUAUGGAGGAGAAUGAGCAGGAUUUAAUUAGGAGAAUUGAUGAAAUUUUCUAUGCUGCAGAUAGAAUUUUGGACAAAUAUUCAGAAAUGCUUGUUUCAUAUUCCCAAAACGAAGAGUGCAAAUUAUCUUGCAGUAUGAAUAAUAUCCCCUCACUUCGCUGUAAUCUAGGUCUUAUCAAGCUAAAUCAAGUUGCAGCUUUGGGAAUCAGAAGGCUUAAGGAGCUCGAGUUGUUCAAGAAGGAACAGAAAAUAUUAGUAAAUGCUUGAUAUGCAGUUAUCCCAACUAAACUCUCUGGCUCUUACUACUACUCCAGCACAAGUCCUACUCUCCCCAAUCUAUUCAAGUUCAGGAUGAACAUCCAGACUUGGCCAAAAGUUAUGAAAAUGUUAACCCACGUUGUCCCGAGUGGGCCUACAGCUGUGAGGUUAUAGGGAAGCUGCCAGAUUGGGUGGAGGAAAGGACCUAUUGGAAGGUUUUGAAGAGAUUUAUGGGGAAAGUGGAUAUCGUGGAGUUUAAUGGCAAAUUUUGUACUGAUUGAGUGGUUUGAGCGAGAUUGGUAGCUAGAGAAAGGAGGUUUGGAAGAGUGAGAAUUUUGUUGAGGAAAUUUAAUAUCAAUGAAUCUCAAAUGAAGCAGAUACUUGCUCUAAAUAAAAUCCAUCAAAGUAUAACCUUCAUGCAAUGAAAGUUCUCUUUCCCAACUAUACCAGAUUUCUCAAAAUGUCUUAAAGAUACCUCUCUCUGAAAGAUAUCCUUCACUGAUUGUGCAGGCCAUCUCUACAACAAUUGGGCUAGGAGACCACAAGAGUUGAAUAGGUUGAUCAUGGGCUUGGCGAACUCGGACUUGAGGCUAAAGCUGGAGGAAGUGGAUUUUGGAGGGUUCUGGGAGGUGGAGAGAGGGUUUGUGAAGAGGAUAUUGAGGCAGAAUGGGUUAGGACAUGUAGAAAUUAGUGGGCAUUUUGAGGAAGAUGAGAGCUUGUUUGAUUUGUGCUGAGAAUCUGAGAGUUAACAGCAGAGAAUGUUAGUUUUUAUGAUGUUAUGUGGUCUUAAGUUAUUUAAAAAUAAGCUGAUACUUGCAAAAGUAACAAUUA